UGCCCGUCUUGAAAACCAGUAGAAAGUGUGCUCGUGCGUACUAGCAAGCUGACUGAAAAGUAAAGCUUCGUACGCAACAUUGUGACUCAAACUAAAAGUGUUUUGUGUUUUUCAUCAAGCAGCAUGUCGGAGUCAACAAAACAAAGGAUUAAGGAGCUGGAGGCAGAGCUGGAGAAGCUCAGGUCCCAGCUAAAGGAGGAAGAUGUUGGAGCUGGAGACUACGUGAUGUCCAAAUCAUGUCCUAUUGAAACAGAUAGAAGGUCUGAUGACAGCACCAGCAGUGCUAAAAAAUGUAGAAAGAAAUCAGGCAAGGAGCGUCCCUUUGACUUUACUGCUCACCCUCGGCGUCAUGUAGCGCUCAGACUGGCCUACCUGGGGUGGGUCUACCAGGGGUUUGCUGUCCAAGAGAACACAGACAUCACGGUGGAGGCCAGACUCUUUGAAGCACUGCUGAAGACUCGGCUGAUUCAGGACAGGCAGAGCUCCAACUACCACCGAUGUGGUCGCACGGAUAAAGGAGUCAGUGCCUUUUCACAAGUCAUUACCAUUGACUUGCGCUCCACACAGUUUUGUGGAGGUCUGGGCGUCACCCUCCCUGAAAAUGUUGACCUUGAUGCAGUAAAAGACUGUACCUCUGAGCUUCCAUAUGUAAAGAUGCUAAACAGAGUGUUGCCUCAGGAUAUUCGUAUCUUGGACUGGGCUCCAGUAGCACAAGGUUUCAGCGCACGCUUUGACUGCCAGUCCCGCACAUACCGCUACUACUUCCCCCAAGCGUCACUGGAUGUUGCGUUAAUGGCGGAAGCUGCAAAACGGUACGAGGGCACUCAUGACUUUCGUAAUCUGUGUAAAAUGGACGUGGGGAAUGGAGUCCUGCAGUUUGAGAGGACCAUUCUGUCAGCCAACAUCAAGCCUGUGCAUCCCCAACGCGAGUCCAGAAAUCAAUAUGAUCUGUUUGUGUUUGAGAUCAAAGGGUUAGCCUUCCUUUACCACCAGGUACGCUGCAUGAUGGCCGUGCUUCUUUUGAUUGGACAGAAGCUGGAAGCUCCAGAGAUAAUUGAUCAACUUUUGGAUGUUAAGAAUAACCCCAGGAAGCCCCAAUACAGCAUGGCGGUGGAUUAUCCUCUGGUGCUGUACCACUGCCACUUUGAAGGCUUGAGCUGGCAGCUGGAGGCGGACGAGGCGAACCACGUUCUGUCGUCGCUGCAACAGCACUGGACUCAGAGCGCCGUCAGGGCCCACAUUCUGCACGAGAUGAUUCAAGGUUUGGAGGAAAGAGGUGGUGUAUCUUCUAACCGUUGCUGCCUUGUGGAAGGCAGCAGACAAAAAAACUACCGUCCACUGCUGCAGCGGCCGUGCUGCGAGAGCCUGGAAUCCAGGAUAGAUCAUUUUGUGAAAAGAGGCCGACUAGAGCGGGAGGAAGGGGAGAAUGGAGGUGAAACUGUUCACAGAGGCAAAAGAUCCAAACAGUCCCACAAUUCCUCCUGUUUGCCUGACUCCUCGUGCACACCAAAACAAGAUGUUGAUCAGAAGAUGGAUACUUAG